GGGAUGUCAGAAAUUCAAGGCGAUGGCAAUGGAAGCAAGCAACGGCUCAGAAAGAAACAAAGUAGGAAGAGGAGAAGACAGGAAAUUGCGAAAGCAAGAGAAAACGAAGAUGAAAGUGGUAGCAAGAAUUCAGAAGAGAUCAAUGAAACUGUAGGUAUGAGUGCGAGCAAGAAAGCUAUUUACACAGUCGCUGCACCACCUCAAGGGUGGGAAGCAAGUGAACAUGUACAGUCUGGCAGUCACGCUGCUGAUGUGACGGUUGAAAGCCAAAUUUUCUCCGAAUCAAAGAAACAACACAAUGGGCUACGAUGUAAAAAGUGCUUUUAUUUGCUGUGCAAAGAUAAGGACUUUCGUUAUCACAAUGAUGAAUUAUGGGUUGCUAGUUCUGUUUUGAAUGACAAGCAAUGGAAUGGCCUCCUUCUAAAAUAUGGGAAGGUUUUCUGUCAGAAGAUGCAUAAAGUUGGUUCAAUGCAACGGACUACUCAUGCCAACAACUCAAUUUUAGUCCCAGUGCUCACUGUUGACAAAACUACUUUCAGGGAGAACUUUAGUUGUGACAGCAAGUAGUCUGCUCUACAGCUUCAGUCUUAGACGAAUCAGCCAGUCUUGGAGGACCUUGUAGUUGCCCAACUCUGGUAGUCUCGUAGUUCGACUACAUAGCUCAUGACGGAUAACUUGGAGACGUUGUUUAGCAUCAUGUAAGAGCUUGUCUCUGUCCAACCCUCCCUGCAAAUAGAUUUAUUUUCAAAUCUC